GGGAAAAACCAGCCUAACCACCUUAGGGUUUAUAUAUACAGAAAAAUCUAUAAUUCAUACAUAGAAAAAGGCGAAUACGAUUGACACGAAAGGUCUCUCGCAUAGAAUCUCAAGCAGUCGGGUGGCAGGACUCGGGAUCCAAUCCAAUCAAGCACGACGAACAAGGAGGAAGAUGGAGCGGCGCUUCACCUUCUUCUUCUUCCACUGUUGCUGAUCCAUGGCCUCUUCUUCCCAACGUCGCUGCGUUUUUGUUGGAAACAUACCCUAUGAUACCACAGAGGAACAGCUCAUAGAAAUUUGCAGAGAGGUUGGGCCUGUUGUCUCGUUCAGGUUGGUUAUCGAUAGAGAAACUGGGAAACCUAAAGGGUAUGGUUUCUGCGAAUACAAGGACGAAGAGACAGCACUAAGUGCUCGUCGUAACCUUCAAGGUUACGAGAUCAAUGGCCGUCAACUUAGAGUUGAUUUUGCAGAGAAUGACAAAGGCGUUGACAGAAAUCGUGACCAGGGGCAUGGAGGACCUGGAUUGCCCACUGCUACUGAGCCUCUAAGUCAAAUUGGAGGAGCUACCAUACGAGGGGACUCUAAUAUCCAUCAGCCAAUUGGUCUCCACCUUGCUAUAUCAGCUGCAUCUAUAAUGGCGGGUGCUCUAGGUGGUCCUCAAGUCGGCUUGCAUUCUACACAAAGUACUCCGCAGGUUCCAGCUAGUGAUCCCCUGACGUUUCAUCUUGCCAAGAUGUCUAGGAGUCAGCUCACUGAAAUCAUAUCUUCCAUUAAGUUAAUGGCUACACAGAAUAAGGAGCAAGUUCGACUGUUGUUGCUGUCAAGGCCUCAGUUGCUUAAAGCUGUUUUCCAGGCACAGAUAAUGCUUGGUAUUGUGAGUCCCCAAGUGUUGCAGAUGCCGAAUAUCGUUCAGGCUCCUGGUCAUUUGACAGGGUCUUCGGUUCAAGAGACGCAAAAAUCUGAUCAAGUGGCCAGUUCUAACCUCCCCAGUUUACCUCCACUGGCACAAAGGUCGCAACCUUUGGGUCGCACUCCCCAUAGUCAAUUUUCUAUACCACAACAGUCUUCUAAACAACCCUUUGUUCAGAUCCCACAACAUGGCACUCCACAGCAACCAGCACAGCUGGGCCUUUCGGGAGCUCCAGUUCUUUCUUCUGCAAACCCUACUAUGAGAUCCCAAAUUCAAGUGUCCGGUUCUCUUUUAGAUGAAACCCCUCCCUUCCAACGCCAAGCACAAGUUUUGGCUUCAGCUUCCACUAGGUUAGGCUAUAGCGGUCAGAUUGCUCUCCCGGAUAAUACUAUCCAGUCAUCCGUAUUACCUCGCCCACCCUUUUCGAACUCUGUGCCGCUGACACAUAUAUCCCCGAAUGUUCAGUCCACAUUGAUUCAGCAAGUACUGAACUUGACGCCAGAACAGCUGAGUUUGCUUCCCCCAGAGCAGCGGAAAGAGGUCAUAAAGCUGCAACAAUCGCUCAGGCAAGAAUAGAUCAGAUGAUUUGGCCUUCAUAGGCGUGAGCCAUUUAACCCCGGGUCUCUCUUCCGA